AUGAAUUUGGACCCGGCUGGAAAUGGAAGUGGAAGGUCUCCAAGGAAGCAAUCCCAAAGUCCCUUGAAUCUCAUAAGUAAAGAGUCCCACAAGAUCAAAAAGCCCCAAGUGGCGGCGCCACCGCCUCACCGCCGUCCUCCGACCAUCAUUUACGACGUUUCACCUGAAAUCAUUCAUACUGACCCUACCCAAUUCAUGAGCGUGGUCCAACGCCUCACCGGCGCUUCUUCCACCGCCACCUCCGCCGCCUCCGCCGCCUCCGCCGCCUCUUCUAUCAGAAAAGAGGGAUUGGUAUCCGAUAAUAUUCCGGUGCCUGCGGCUUCACCGAGUUUGUCCUGUCCGCCGCCGUCUGGUAGUUAUUCUGUGGUUAUUCCUUCAGACAAUAAUAAUAAUAAUAAUAAUAAUAUUGUCUCUCCCGACAUAACAACAUCUCCAGAUACAUUCAACGAUUUAUUCGACUUCUAA